UUCAGUUUCUGAGGCAGUGAACAUUCCCCUGAACAUUUUAGCCGGAAUAGUAGAACUUCUUACUGUAAUUAUGCAAAAUGUGCCCAGCAUGUUGAUCAUUCAACAGGAACAAAGGCUAAUGGGGCGUCCACAUCUCGAAUUCUCACCUGAUCACAUCGCAAACCUGCUGGAUCUGAAUUUGUUUGUUCCCACUAUUGCCAACCUGUUAGGGAUAAGUAAACAAACCUUAUGCAGACGAAUGACGGAAUGUAAUCUCUCCGUUCGAGCUCUAUAUAGCAGACUGAUGGAUGAGCAGUUGGAUGCUUAUAUAACCACUCUGAAGCAAAGUAUGCCUCACUGUGGAUAUAGAAUGAUGAGAGCAGCGCUUAAGACACAAGGACACCGGGUGCAGUUUGACCGAGUAAGAGCUUCAAUGCACCGGGACAAGCCCGUAGGAGUCGUAUCUCGUUUGACACAGCUCGGCUGUGUAGUUCGAUGGACUUACUCAGUCUCCAGUCCAAGGUCAAUUAUGCACAUUGACACCAAUCAUAAGCAGAUUCGCUUCAAAAUGACCUCAACUUGUUCUGCAGAACCUGGGACAAUCACCCGAUUCACACAGAGGGUAGUAUGGUGGGCGAAAGGAAGUGUCUACCAUCCUGUACCUGAACGCAACAUUGAGGGACUGAGCAUACCGCACAUUGACUGGGAGAGUAGCGGCCUCGUUGCUGAUGCACACGCCAGCAUCAUUGUUCCUACGACUGAAUGCCCCCCGAGUGAUGAACAAAUGGCAGCACUACAGGAAGCUUUAGACCCCAAAACAACUUCAGACAUUUGGCUGGGACAUCUAUUUAGCGGCACUUCAGUCUUCUCAGUCGGUUCUUAUGGAGUAAUUGUCUAUAGUAACAGCAGACCACAUGUGUUUGUUACUUGAUAAUAAAUGUUUCACCAUAUGAAAAUAA